GGAGUUGGGGGUUCCUGACCAAGGGGCUGUUGGGGUGGCAGGUCCCAGGGUGGCCCCCUAGAGUCAGGGCCUCCCACAGGGUGGGCUGCAAUUGGGUUCUUAUGUGUUGUCUCUGCCCCGCCCCCCAGCUCAACCCCAAUGUCAACGCCUUCCAGCGGCGCUUUGUGGGCGAGGUGCGGCGCUGUGAGGACAUGGAGAAAACUUUCACGUUCCUGCACCAGGAGCUGCGGAAGGCUGGGCUGGCGCUGGACCCCUGCCCCGAAAGCCCCCGGGCCCCGCUGCCCCGGGAUGCCCUCCUCAUCCAGGACCAGUCGGAGCAGCUGGCGCAGGAGCUGCGGGAAGUGAGCCGCAACCGGGAGUCGCUGAGCGGGCGCCUGCGGGAGCUGCGGGAGUAUGUGCAAGUCCUGCGCGAGGGGCAGCGUUUCACCGGCCAGCUGGUGUCCCUGGGCUCCCCCGCCCGGCCCCGUGCCCUCUCGGACCAGGAGCCCCUGCUGCACCCGGCCAUGGCGCAGCGACUUGACGUCAAAAUCAAGGCUGUGAGGGAGCGGCGCCUCCAUGGGUCUGUCUGCCCCCAGAUCUGGAAGACGUUCUUCGAGGGGCGCUACCUGAUCCUGCUCAUGGGGGCCUUCUCCAUCUACACCGGCCUCAUCUACAACGAGUGCUUCAGCAAGGCCACCGCCAUCUUCCCCUCUGCCUGGAGCCAGGCCACCAUGGUCAACCAGUCCAACUGGAGAUCAGAGUACUUAGCACGAAACGCCUUCCUCAGCCUGAACCCCAACGUCACGGGAGUCUUCAGGGGACCCUACCCCUUUGGGAUUGACCCGAUCUGGAGCAUGGCCAACAACCACCUCAACUUCCUCAACUCCUUCAAGAUGAAGAUGUCGGUGAUUCUGGGCAUCGUCCACAUGAGCUUCGGGGUGCUGCUCGGCGUCUUCAACCACGUGCACUUCAAGCAGCCGUACAAGGUGGUGCUGGUCUUCCUGCCCGAGGUGGUCUUCCUGCUGGCGCUCUUCGGCUACCUCGUCUUCAUGAUCUUCUACAAGUGGUUCACGUUCAGCGCCGUUAACUCCCUGCUGGCACCCAGCAUCCUCAUCCACUUCAUCGACAUGUUCCUCUUCACCGAGAACCCCGAAAACCAUCCGCUGUACCCGGGACAGGUAACUCUCCCCAGCAACCACCGGCCGUGUCGGGGACAAUUAACACCCCCAGCAACUGCCUGCUGUACCCAGGACAGACCCCGAGGCUCAUGGCAGCUGGGCUGUGAUCUGGGCGCUUCCCCCUCCAGCAUGGCAGAACCGGGGCUGGGUGGCUCUCCAGGGCAGCUCCAGAUGGCAGGUGUCUGCGCAGGCGGGGGGCAGGGAGAGCUUGUGGGUGGGCCCUGGCACGGCUCAGGGACCAAAGCUGGAGGGGGUGUGUGGGGGGAGCACCCCGCUCCCCACACAUGCUGCUGCCCCACGGCCAUUCACCCUGUCCUGCUGCCUUGGUGUCUCCAGCACUUUGAAUUCUCGGAAGUCUUCAUGCACCAGGCCAUCCACACCAUCGAGUACUGCCUGGGCUGCAUCUCCAACACGGCCUCCUACCUCCGCCUGUGGGCGCUCAGCCUGGCCCAUGCACUCUUCAUGCACCAGGCCAUCCACACCAUCGAGUACUGCCUGGGCUGCAUCUCCAACACGGCCUCCUACCUCCGCCUGUGGGCGCUCAGCCUGGCCCAUGCACCACCCCCUUGGGUGGGGGAAGCCUUCGGGCGGUUUUGGGAGCAGCUGAGUGCACUGACCCCCCUUCUCUGUGUUGCUUGCAGGGUGGAAUUCCAGAACAAGUUCUACGUAGGUGCCGGGUACAAGCUGACCCCCUUCACCUUCCCCCCCGACAGCUGGGAGUAGGCCCGGCCCAGCCCUU